GAUAUGAUGCUUUUCUAUUCAAUGUGUAAAUCGGUGGUUAAAGCAAAUUCAGCGAUAUGUGUUGUGUUCUAUAAAUAGAUAUCAAAUCUUACAAAUCUUUUUUUUACUGAAUUGAUUAGUAGACAGUUUGCUGCCUGAUCAUGAUUGUCAUCUAUAAUGAUUUACAUUCAGGAAUCAUGUAUAUUCAUUAUAACUAAGGCAUACAUCCAUGUUUGAUCAAAUUUAAACAACAAAGAGCAACUCCGCCAGGCUUAUUAGGUCUGGUUGACAGUAAACAGUGUCUGCUUUUCUGGUUUUAAAACCUUCACACAAACACAGGCAGUUGUAGGAAGAUUGGAUCUACAGUUUUACAUCUGAAGCAAAGCCCUUGAGGCUUUUCUUUUCUUUUCUUGAAUUAUUAGUGGACUUAGUCCUUCACAAGACAGACUGAAGAGAUGUGUAGGAUACUGGCUCAGAUCCUGGGCCUGCUGCUCUGCAUUGUGGGCUGGGGCUUUGUGGCCUGCACCCUUGCCAUGGACCACUGGAGGGUGGCCCAGCUGGGGGGUCCAGGGUGCUCCUCUGUAGUGACAGCUUGGUACUGGUCUGACCUGUGGAGGGACUGCUACGAAGACUCCACGGCUCUGGUGAACUGUGUAGACUUCCAAGUGUUGUGGACGGUCAAAACAUACAUGCAGGCAGUCAGGGGGCUCCUGAUGUUUGGCCUUUGCCUCGGCUUUAUUGGCACAGUGCUCACAUGUUACGGGAUUGAGUGCACACACACCGGUGGAGACCAGAGCAGUUACGACAGGAUGCUAAUAACAGCGUCUGCUUUCCACCUGGUCGGCUGCAUAUCAGACAUGACUGGUUACUGUUUAUACAUAAACACAGUGGUUCCAGAGUAUUUACACAGCAAAGCAGAUCCAUCGAAAAUGAGCUAUGAAAUUGGACUCCCUCUAUACCUUGGCCUGGUGGGGAGUUUCCUCAUUCUACUUGGCUGUACAGUUCACGGUGCAACAGUAUGCAGAGAUAACCACCCAAGGAUACAAUACUCUCACUCUGCAGCAGAUAUCCCAUGGUUCCAUUUUCCAAGUAGAAGAAAAAUCACACAUCUGUGGACGAUCAAGACUGUCAAAUGACCCGGCUUCUCUCUACAAGAUGGCUUUAGCUGUGGUUAUGCAACGCUAUAGAUUCAUUUCAAUUGUCCAGCUCACCCUGCAAUUAAUCAGUAAAGAAUAUAUAUAUAUAUA